AUGAACAUGCAGACGUCUGCUGUGAUACAGUCGGGCAGCGGCGUCGUCGAUGCCGCGGGUUUCGACGCCACCACCGCGAAAUACGCGGUUCCCCCGGGCGAGCGGGAAAGUCGUGGGGUCCACCCCGUGUGGCGCGCGGGCAUACGCGGCGAGAACGUCCUCGUGGGCGUGGGAGACAGCGGCCUGGACGUUGGCUCGUGCUGGCUCGCGGAUCCGACAAACGCGCCUCCGGGCCCUCGGCACCGCAAGAUCCGGCGGUACAACGCCGUCUGGGGGGACGAGGUGGAUGCGAACGGCCACGGCACUCACGUCGUCAGCACGAUCCUCGGGGAGGCGGUUGUCGGUUCGCCGAUCGGCGCGAGCGAGUACGACGGCAUGGCUCCGAGGGCGAAAGUCGUCUUCAACGACAUCGGCGUCGGCGUCGGCGGCUCUCUUUUCUUACCGACGUCGAUGGCGGCCUAUUUCGACACGGCGUACGCGGACGGCGCGAGGAUUCACAGCGACAGCUGGGGUAACGAUGCGCCGCUGUACGACGGUUUGGCUCGCGAGGUUGACGAGUACGCGUGGUCGCACCGAGAUUUUCUCCCCGUAUUCGCCGCGGGUAACUUCGGCCUGAGCGCGGGCGCCCCGAGCACGGUGACGAGCCCGGCGACGUGCAAAAACGGCGUCGCCGUCGGCGCGAGCCUCGGCUGGUCCGGACCGAACGUGGCGAGCGCCGUCGUGGGGGACAGCGCGACGAUGAACGUGCGCUCGUUGAAUGUGCCCGGUACCGUCGAGGCGUUCACGGUGUACAUGGCCGCCGUGGGCGCCGAUCGGUUCGCGACGGGCGCCCAACCGGUUCGCCUCGUCGCCGCGUCGCCGCCGGACGCGUGCUCGAACUUCACCGUUCGGUUCCCCGGUGCCGUGGUGUUGGUCACGCGGGGCGGGUGCUACUUCUCCGAUAAGAUCAUCCACGCACAAGACGCCGGCGCGGUCGGGGUGAUCGUGGCCAACGACGACGUCACCGGUUUUUUCAAGAUUGGCGCUCGAGACGGCGACGCGUCCGCUCGACUCGUUCGCGUACCCGCCGCCUCGGUGCCGGCGUCGUCGCAUCGCAAACUUCUCGCCGCGAUGCCGUGCGUCGUCACCUUCCACCCCGCGCGUUUGUCUCCCAAGCGCGUGGACCACAUCGCGUCGUUCAGCUCGUUCGGUGCCACAACGGAUGGACGGAUCAAACCCGACGUGGUGGCGCCGGGCGAGAUCACGUCGGCGUCGGCGGCGGCGGCGGGCGGGGGCGAUUCAUCGGAGCGCGGAGCCUUUCCGAACUGCGCGGUGACGACGAUCGCCGGCACGAGCAUGGCGACUCCCGUCGCGGCGGGCGCGGCGGCUCUCAUACGCCAGUACUUUACCGACGGUUUCUACCCCACCGGCGCGAGGACGAAGGGAAACGGCUUCGCACCCUCCGCAGCUCUAAUAAAGGCGGCUCUGAUCAACGGAGCCGAGCCCAUGCGGGGGUUCACCGAGCUCGGGCUACCCCUCGAACCCCCGCCCUCGGUGCGACAGGGUCACGGGCGCGUUCACGUCGGCAGAUCUUUGCCCCUCGCGCCCGGUCCCGCUCGGAUGUUCGCGGUGGACGAGCGCCGGAUCGCGCACGGCGAGGUUCACUCGUUCUGCCUCGAGCUCCCUCCCGGACGGGACGCCCCCGAGUCGACGACGGACGCCGACGACGAGCUCAGGGUGACGCUCGUGUGGACGGACCCGCCCGCGUCGCUCCCUUCCGCGGGCCGUACGCUCGUGAACGACCUGGACCUCGUGGUUGUUAACGGCGACGGCGUCGCGUGGGGGGGCGGCGACCGGUCGAACAACGUGGAGCGGGUGACCGUGCCGCUUACUAUUGACGGCACACAAGGGGGCGACGGGGCGGCGUCGUUCGUCGCGAGGGUCGUCGCCCGCGACGUGCGUUGGGUUCCCGGGGGGGAAUCGGGGCAGCCGUACGCUUUGGUAGCUACGGCUCCGGGGCUGACCGGCGGGCCGUGCGGGGCGCGGGAACUUUCAGUGGCGGCACGUGCGGGGGAUGACAUCGAUUUUUCCGGUGGAUAG